CUCUCACAGUCACAUAGUCAGUCACACCCAGUACGGCUCGCAUCGAGAAACCAUACUGCAAGCCGAGAAAUCGUGCGAGCUAGCGGAUGAUGCGUCGCGGGGUUGCCGGCAUGGCGCUGCUGCUCGUGCUGCUUCUCCUCCUCUCGGGGUGGUCGGCGAUGGGGACUCCGCGUUCACGCGAGAGAUGGGAGGAGGGGGAGGGGGAGUGGCGGCCGGAGGAAGAGGCCAAGGGCGGCGGCGGGGGUGGCGGGACUGGGAAAGGCCUGUUCUUGCUGGACAAGGUGGAGAAGGUGGUGGAGUCGGAAGGUGGGAGUGUGCACGUCGUGCGCGGGCUGCCCGUGCCGGAAGCACCGUGGCAGCACGGCGGGUGGUCCGCCGAGUGCGGAGCUUGCCGGGAGGGGCUCAUGCACAUCGGCUUCAUAACCAUGGAGCCCAAGACGCUGUUCGUGCCGCAGUACAUCGACUCCAACCUCAUCCUCUUCGUGCAGCGAGGGGAUGUGAAGGUUGGAUGGAUCCACAAGGGCGGUCUCGUGGAGAAGCAGCUCAAGAUGGGCGACGUCCUACAGAUCGACGCCGGCUCCAUCUUCUACAUGGUCAACACAGGCAAAGGCCAGAGGCUGCACAUCAUAUGCAGUAUCGACGCCUCGGAUAGCGCAGGCUUCGCACCUUAUCAGUCCUUCUAUCUUGGUGGGGGAGGGAAACAGACGUCAGUGCUGGCCGGAUUCGAGCCAAAGAUUCUUGUCACCGCUCUCAACACCACUUACGACGAACUGGGAAGAAUCUUACCCGUGCGAACCGGUGGAACCGGGGGCCCUUUCGUGUCCUACACAACGGAGUCCGGGAGCGGUGGCAAAGAGCAUGGACAGGGAGGCGAGCGUGAUGUGGGGGAAAAUGGAAGGGAGAGCGAGCCAUGGAGACCAGUGGGGAGAGGCGACGACGACGAACCCGGUAGCGGGCAAUCCACUUGGACUUGGUCGUGGAGGAAACUGAUGAGCAGGUUCAUCGGAGGGGAGCUGAACAAGAAGUCGGACAAGACUCUGCGCGCGCCGGAGCCUUACAACCUGUUCGACCACGAGCCCAGCUUCCGGAACACCUACGGCUGGAGCAUCUCCGUCGACAAGCACGACUACGAGCCCUUGGACCACUCCGACAUCGGCGUCUAUCUCGUCAACCUCACCGCCGGCUCGAUGAUGGCGCCACACGUGAACCCGAGGGCGACGGAGUACGGCGUGGUGCUCGCCGGGGAAGGCGUCAUCCAGGUGGUCUUCCCCAACGGGUCGCUUGCGAUGAGCGCGGAGGUGCGUGCCGGCGACGUGUUCUGGAUCCCACGCCACCUCCCGUUCGUCCAGGUGGCGUCGCGGGGCGGGCCGUUCGUGUUCUUCGGGUUCACCACGUCGGCGCGGCGGAACAAGCCGCAGUUCCUGACCGGCCCCACCUCUGUCCUCCGCAUGAUGCUCGGGCCGGAGCUCGCGGCCGGGUUGGGCGUCCCUCAGAAGGAAUUGAGGAAGGUGGUGGAGGCCCAGACGGUGGCGGUGAUCGAGCCGCCCUUGCCGGAGAAGGAGAAGGGGCGGAAGGAGAGGGAACCGUUUGUUAUGAAGCAAGUGGCGAGGGAGUGAGCGCACGCGGCUAGCCAUCUGCUUAAUGCUUUAUUUAGCAGAUGAUCGAUCUUACAUGUGUUCUUCUGGUCGAAACUUCUGUACAUCAUGCGCGUGUUUGCGCCGUCUGUUUCCGUGUUUGUGUCGCUAGUGUGUGUUGUGUUCUAGUACGUGUUUGUUCAUGUGAGUUCUGGUGUCGUCAAUAAAUAAAGAUGCAUGUCAAAUUCA